GAAGCUGCAGGAGGAGGAGGAAGAGGAAGAUGAAGAGGAAGAGGAGGAGGAGGAGGAAGAGGAAGAGGAGGACGGGGAGGACUUCAGGACGGAGCAGCUCCACACUCAGAGCGCAAGGACGCACCGAACCAUCGAGGAGAGGCGCUCGUACCUGGCCAGGAUUAUCUGUCAAACUCCAUCUGUCUGCAGCCCGUCUCUCGUAUGAAAUCAUUGAAGCACGUCGGAGGGAAUAUGCAGCUGCACAUUUUGAGAGGGUUUUUCCUGCUUCUGUCCUGCCUGCUGCUGGAAGCGGUGUUCUCAGAGCAGCACCAGAUGUGUGAAAUGAUGAAGGAAUUAGACAAGGAGAAGCACAUGUGUGAGGCUCACAUCGAGAACAAAACAACAGGUUGCAGUGGUACAUGGGACAAGAUCACCUGCUGGCCCAGUGCUGAGGUGGGAGAGGUGGUCACCAUCCCCUGCCCCAAAUACCUCUUCUACUUCUCUGGAGACGUACCUGCACGUAAUCUUUCAAAGACCUGCACUGUGGAUGGCUGGAUGCCGAUCAGCAUCGACUCCUACAUACUGGACUGUGGAUAUAAUCCCAACAACACCGUGGACGAUAAUACAGUCAGUAUGGGAGAUUUCUUCGGUGCUAUCAAAGUGGGAUACACCAUCGGUCACAGUGUGUCGCUCAUCUCUCUGACCGUCGCCAUCAUCAUACUCUGUCUUUUCCGGAAACUGCACUGCACAAGGAACUACAUCCAUAUGCAUCUGUUUGUGUCCUUUAUACUGAAAGCUGUGACUGUUUUCGUCAAGGACGUCGUUCUGUAUGAUGUCGGAGAGACAGAGAAUUGCCAGUCAUCUGUGGGCUGCAAGGCCGUGGUGGUCUUCUUCCAGUACGGGGUCACGGCGAGUUACUUCUGGCUGCUGGUGGAGGGCUUGUAUCUUCACGCCCUGUUAGCCGUCUCCUUCUUCUCCGAGAGGAAGUACUUCUGGUGGUACAUCCUGAUUGGCUGGGGAGCUCCAACUGUCUUUAUCUCAGCAUGGGUGAUUACAAAGGCUUAUUUAAAACAUCCAGGAUGCUGGGAAAUAAUUGAUGACAGUCCUUGGUGGAUCAUCAAAACACCUAUUUUAGUCACCAUCCUCGUGAACUUCUUCCUCUUCAUUUGUAUAAUCCGGAUUUUGCGACAGAAGAUGAAUUGCCCUGACAUCGGAAGAAAGGAAUCCAAUCAGUACUCGAGGCUUGCUAAAUCCACACUCUUGUUGAUACCUCUGUUUGGAAUAAACUACAUUAUUUUUGGCUUCCUCCCUGACCACAUUCACCCACAAGUGCGGAUGGUGUUCGACCUUAUUCUGGGCUCAUUUCAGGGUUUUGUUGUUGCCGUCUUGUACUGCUUCCUGAACGGAGAGGUACAGGCAGAGAUUAAGCGUAAGUGGCGUAGAUGGAUGCUGCAGAGGUUUCUGGGUGCGGACACCAAGUACCAGCAACCCUCCAUCGGCAGCAACGGCAACAACUUCAGCACCCAGAUCACCAUGUUGACCAAAAACAGCCCAUCCACACGACGGGCGUCUGCGUGUCAGGAGCACCUUUCCGACAUAUAAAGCUAACCCAGUUCUCUGGUUUUGUCAUCAUAUACUCAACAUUUGCCUUGCAUGCACUGUUAGAACACAGUAGAUAUCUGUUACUGAGGGUCAUUCUAACACUGAAGCUAACAUUUGUUUGUCGUGAUUGUAUCCAUUACUGAGUGACACCUGAAACCGCCAUGGAAACAGUUUAAUGAAAGGGUUGACAGCAACUAUUUUCAGGUAGAUUUGAAGUUUCGUUGUGCUGGAGGUUGGCUGUACUGACAGUCAGGUGUCUGAUAUUUACAUAUAGGCUAACAGAUUGGCUUGCAGCACAGUGUAGUGCUUGGUUGUAAUCACCGGAUGAGUUAACCUGAACUGGUUACUGGCAAGUAGAGUUACAAACUCACCACUGCAGGCAGAGAUAUCUUCAUAACCAAUAUGGUCACUGAAGUGAAUUGAAGGGAAAUGGGCUGGCAUUUCCCAUCUGAUGUCAAGAUGGAUAAGGCCAGAAACAGGCUGUGUCCUAUAAGAAGUAAGAUGUUUAUUAAAAGGGUGUGUUACACAAGAGGACUCCAACCACUUAACCUAAUGGCCCAUGUUGCUUCGGGGACCGAUGGUAACAACACUGACAGGCUGCCGUGAGCAGCAGUCACAGAGGGGGAAUCUUUAGCAUAAACCAGCGUUCUGGACAUUCCUAUCCUGGCUAUGACAGUUUUAUACGAGGAAUGCACUCAGCUGAAUUACUGCUGGCUAACAUUCCAGCAGAGAGGACAAAGCUCCAGCUUGUGAAAUUUAUCUCAGAUUACAGAAGGCUUUUAGUUUUGCCUGAGUGCGCUUAAUAGAUGGGCCAGAUGUAUUCCAUUAGUCCUCAAUACACAAAAUUGUAAAUAAAUGUGUGUUAACAAUAACUAUCUUCCAUUAACUGGAUUUCAUGGAUAAUUCAUUUUAUUAAGUCUUUUGUUUUGUUCUCUUCAUCGAACACCACGAGUGGGUCAAAGAUCACUAGCGGUAAAAUACGUCAGUAAAACACGUCAUCUAGGAAAGCGAUUGGCACAUUUUUACAAGUGUUCCCGAUGUUGAAUCCAAGUGAAUGUUUUCUUAGCCGGACCGUUUUGUCUUGUGCCACCAUGAGGCAAGGCACCAUGAGACAAGUGAAAUGUCUGAACAACUAGAGGAUGGAUUUCCAUCAAAGUCCCCUUAGGAUGAAUUUUGAUACCAUGAUUGAUUACUUAAAGACCUCCUCUGCUGAAAAUCACAUUUUAACUGUGUUAACUCCAGUCGUGAACUAACCGUGACGUCACCCGUUGGUUUCAACGCCGAGAAAAUGAAGCUCGGAUUUUGCUACUUCCUGGUCGCCAUUUUGGAUUUUUUGGAGCCAGUGACGUAAAAAGCGUCAUCAAACAGGCUGGACCGGAGAGCAACUCGGGGCAGCACCAGUCUAUGGGACUGUCAAUCAAGUAUAGCCACGCCCCCUGGCUCCUCCAACUUUAACGAUUUAUUUAAAAUUCAGUAUUGAUUUAUUUUAAGAUCGGCCACCUGAUCUCUCAUUUUGACCAUGAAAACUAACGGGAAAAAAACUCUGAGCUGUAGAACAUCAGUCUAUCAAAUUUUUUUUUUUUCCAAAAAUGAAUUGAUCUAUGGAGCAAAAGCUUUUUGGAGCCAACCCUAGCGGACGGCGUGAUAUUGCAAGUUUUUGACACUUCCGGGUGGACUUCAAUUUUGGAGCCAGAUGCUAUGUCCACUAUAUAUACAGUCUAUGGUUAACUCAGUUUUUUUUCUGCAUGUCAAAAUGAAAUAAGCUGUCAACACCUUGCCUGAGCAUUUUCACCUUAAAACUGAAGUGUACCGAUGACAACCUACAUAACGAACCCAAACAGUCAGUCCUGCCAGCUUGUGGGUGGGACUUCCUGCAUCAUAAUUCUUCUUUGGAGCUGUUUCCUGGUUCAAACAUGUACAGCUGAAUUAAUCCUAUAUUUAAUCUUGCCAUUGUGUAGCAUAGAGUAGUUUUACAUCGUACAAGCAGAGUCAUAGGUGAGCUGGUAUGCUCAAGAUGCAGCAAGAAACAGAUAUGUGGGUGGAGAAGAGGCAGGCGUUUCAUAGAGUUCCACAUUUUAAAGAAAGCAACGGUGUACAGUUACAUUUAAGCCAUUUAUAGGCAGAAAGGUGAUAUUGUCAUGAAAAAAAGUUUUAGUAUGUCACUUUUAUACAUCAAGAUGAAUUUUUAGGGAUUUAAUCAAUGGCCAGAGGGGAAGUUUAACCCUCAUGUUGUCCUGUAGGUCAAAACUGACCCGUUUUAAAGUUUGAAAAUGUGGGAAAAAAUAUAUUUUCACAGUGAAACUUCUGAUGACCACAUUUUCAACGUUUUUGGGAAAUCUUUGAACAUUUUUGGUGGAAAAAAAGAAAUGUUAAAAAUGUUUCUUACGAACAUUCACAUAAAAAUCAACCAAAAUCCAGCAAAAGUUGCUGGAUUUUGGUUGAUUUUUUUGUGAAUGUUCUUAAAGAAUAUAAAAGUUUUACUGAAAUAUAUGUAAUCACUUUAGAUAUUUUUAGUAUUUUUUUUGAAGAUUUUUCCUCAUUUUUUGCAAAUAUUUACAAGAAUUUUCUUGUCAAAACUUUUAAGGAAUUAUAGAAAUUUUCUUCUUGAAGGUUUUGCAAAUUUUCAGAAAUUUUGGGAUUUUUUUUGCUGAAUUUUUGCAUUUUUUUCAGACAAGGAGACAUUUUUUGGUGCCUGUAAACAAGGACAACAGGAGGGUUAAAGAUGGAGUAUGCACACAUGUAGUCACAUUGAGUGAGUGUCUCCUGAUUGUCCACUAACUGUCUGUUCCAUGUAGGGAAGCAAUUUAUCAACAACUUUCUCCACAGCUACCAGCCAACCCUAUAAAUCAACAGCCGAUUGAUCAGCAACACAAAAUGCAUUCUAUUAAGAUCAUUGUGUGUCCUGUCUUACUGACUUGAAUGCAGUCAUGUGAUACAGGUCCACCACAGCAUUUGUCAUAUGAUUAAAAGUUCACCUUUAGCCCAUAACGAGACUGUCGGAGCGCUGGCUGGGAGGCAUUAAGCUUCACAGAACACUUUACCAUGGUGGCAGUUCACCAGCUAACAUCUCACUAACAACACUAUUCAGUAUGUCCACUAGAUGUCUGAGCUUGUGCAUGUUCAUGCUUAUGCACAGGACAGGCAAAGAGGGACAGUAAAUCUGUCACAUGGUAUAUAAAAAUAUAUUAAACUAACGACUUCACUAGAAUCACAGACGAUCGCACCAUCAUUGGGUUUACUUGCCAAUGCUUUCACUUCAAAUAGCUGCAGAACUAAUGAUAUUCCCCCUUGUUUUAGAUGUGUUUUGUGUUUAGAACUAAUUGUGAGUAAUCAUUAACCUGCUAAAUGUCACCAUGUUAACAUUCCUCCUUGGAGCAUGCUCAGAUCUUUGCAUCAAAUUCAAACUGCGGCCUGCUGCCAGCUCAUCAUCUUGUCUGAUGUAAAUGUAGUUUAUCAAACUGACUAAUGUCAUGGUUGGUGGUUUUCUGCCUCAUAAUAUUCUCAGACAUUAUUUUGAAGCCACGUUCUCUUCGGAUUAGACAUUUUCAUUUGCUCACAUGUACAGACCGUGACAGUGUCCCUUCUCGUAGAGAUCAUGUCGAUGUUUACUUUUAGUCCCUCUUCUUGUUCUUGUUGUACCAGUGUGUGUGUAAAAGUGAAACUGAAGUAAAAUGAACUGAAAGUACCUCAGACUAAAUGUCGCACACAGCUCUUGUUGUAUAUAAUGUUCACCUGUAAAUAUGGAUUGGAAGACGUUGUUUUUCGAAGUGUUUUUACGGUGAUACUUUUAGUGCUCAGGUUUCAACUGGAAAUCAGUGUUUACAUUUUAACGUACGUUCCUCACCUGUGGUAUUUGUAUAAUGUCAAUGUCAAGUUGAUGGCGCUGAAAGUGUCUCUCAUUUGUUGCCAUGUAAAUUUUAAGCAAAUACGGUGUACUGUACAGUAUGUGGAGUCAUAUGUAAAUAUGUUAUUGAACAAACUGUCAAAUGAAGAGGAAUAAAACCAUUUGCACUGUG